AUGGCGCACAAUGUUUCGGAACGGGAUCCUUCGGAUGACCUCGACGGAGAUAUCUUGACCUUCUCGGAACUCGAUUUCGCAAGACUAGGACUUGCAAGCAAUGAGUCGAAUCAACAGUUUACGUCCGAGUUGAACCUUGCUGCUCAAGAGUUCCCAUUCCCUGUAGAAAAUGAUGUCUUGGCCCCAGAACAAAACUUCUUCACAGAUGACUUCCCUAUAGAUCCAACAGUGAAUACACAAGACGAAUUCUGGUUUGACCAAGCGUUAGAUCUUCAAUCAUGGCAAGAAAAUGCACCAAUACAGACAGCUACGAGUCGGGACAUUUCACCACUUGCUACAACUCAUGACCGAGUUGGGACGACGCCUUCACUGAACAGCCCCUCAUUUGAUCAAACCUUUGCAGGUCUUUGGCAACAAGAAAUUCAGCACCACAGUCUCCCACGAAGAAGGAGCCAAUAUCUCAGAAGUCAAUUACAAAGAACUACAAGUGAACCGGUUGCGAUUCCCCGAUCAAGUCUCCAGCGCGACAGUACUCGCAAUCCGAUGCAGAGAUGGCAAGAUUCGCCACCUGAAGCCGAGCCAGCCUCAUUAUCCGCUAUAGCCGACGCUCUCGAGAAAACGCCACUGCGAAAACGCUCUUCAGCUGGAAGUUUGGGCAGUCGUAGAGUUGCAAGUCGCGCAGGAUCUAUUGCAAGUAACGAUGAAAAACCGCAUGUUUUCCGCCGCAAAGAUCACCUAGUCCAACAUCUUCGACUGGUUCACCACGUCAAGACGCUACCCAUCAUUGAUUCAUGGAAAGUCGAAGGUCCGCCUAUAAAAUCGAGAUGCGGUAUCUGUGAUAUUCGGAUGGAGACUUGGCAAGAACGGGUAGAACAUCUGGCCAAACAUUUCCGCAAGGGUGACACGAUGGAAGAUUGGAAGGGAGAGCACGAUUUCGAGCCGCACGUCAAGGCAAGGGUGACGAAUGCUCUGGCGCCAUAUAUCAUUGCAGCGGAGGAGCGAGCUCCGGUGCCUUUUUCUGCUACUGAUCCGAGCUCAAAGGAUCAUUUUCGUCAGAUUAUGAAGAAUGCUGGCAGUGAAGUUGAAGCAGGCCAGCAAGUUGACGGGGAACUGACAGUCUCCCAAGAGACAUUGCCUCUACCCGAACAGUCCACAGUCAAAGACAUCAAUUCACUGUCUUUUCCGGAGUUUCUGGUGCAUCAUUUAGGACGAAAAAUCAGCAACAGAUUGUUCACUGUAAACUUGGUAAUGAUGAAAAUUCCUUUAUACGCAACCGCUGGUGUUGCGACAUCUUGUGUUGCGUUCCUCUUUGGAAUGGACACUGGAAGCAUCGGACCCAUCACCACCAUGUCCUCUUUCAAAGACACCUUUGGCGAUUUCUCUGCCACAAUCCACGGCGUUAUCGUCUCGACUAUUCUUAUUCCAGGAGCUUUGACUGCCCUUGUGGCUGGUGCUUUGGCGCAUCGGUUCGGACAUGUGAGACUCAUCGCUAUAGGUUCUAUCAUCUUUGGCAUCGGUGCCGCUAUUGAAUGCGGAGCGCCCUACCUCGGUGUCUUCAUCUUUGGCAGACUUAUAAAAGGUAUGGGCGAAGGUCUCUUUUUGAGUAAUGUCUAUGUUCAAGUCUCUGAAAUGUCACCGUCUCGCGUGAGAGGUAUCAUGACCGCGUUGCCGCAAUUCCUCAUCACUACUGGAAUCGUGACUGGUUACUUCACUUGCUAUGGGACAUCGCGGUUGGGCAAUUCUUCUGUCACUUGGCGCCUACCGUUGGCCAUCGUUGCAUUCCUUGGAGUCCUCUUGUCUAUGGUUGCAUUCAUUGUUCCACCUUCUCCAAGAUGGCUUCUGUCAAAAGGGAGAAUGGACGAAGCGAGAGUUGUAUGCAGACAACUCGGAAUUGACGAAGUCGAAGAAAAGGAACUCCUCGCUCAAGAUUACGACGCACCUGUUGGUCUGGAUGGCGAAACAACUCUCUGGCAAGACAUACAACACACCUUCAAAGACUUCAGAUGCGCAUUCUCAGCACCUUACCGAAGCCGAACAGCCUUUGCUUGCUUUCUGAUGGGCACACAACAGUUCAGUGGAAUUGAUGGAGUUUUGUACUACGCCCCGAUCCUGUUCACACAAGCUGGCCUCAGCGGUGAAAAGGCAUCUUUUUUAGCAUCCGGCGUGUCAGCUGUUGUGAUUCUUGCUGCCACACUUCCCGCAACCAUAUUUGCGGAUAGAUGGGGCAGACGCAUGCAGAGUAUUCUCGGUGGUGUGUUGAUCGUCGGCCUGAUGGUGAUUAUGGGUUCGCUCUACGCAGCUGGACAAGUUCACCCUGAUCAUGGCCCUGGACGAUGGGUUGUUAUUGUCUGCAUCUAUCUGUUCGCCAUUGCGUUCAGCUUCACAUGGGCUAUCGGGUUUCGAACAUGGGUUGUGGAAAGUAUGCCAAGGCGAACGAGGAGUAGUGCUUCGAGUCUUGCACAGAGUUCAAAUUGGACUGCCAAUUACAUCGUGGCAUUGGUGACCCCGGUAUUGCUCGACAAGUCUUCAUUCGGUGCAUAUUAUUUGUUUGCAGGUUGUAGUUUAGUGACUACUGUUAUGGUGAUUAUGUUCAUGGGUGAGACAAAGGGCCAUAGCUUGGAAGAGAUUGAGAAGAGACAUGGAGAUAAAAAAGAGAAGAGCUUUCCGUUCAACCUGUAG